CUUUUUUUCCAGAAAUUCUUUGAAAAGGACAUCGUUAAGGGAUUUUUCUUCCUUGUUUAAUCUUUGCACUUGUAAGAAUCCCCAGUGACAGGAAAACUCUCUUGUCAGGCUGCUCUUCUCCAUUUCAUGUGCCUGUUGGUUUGUGAUUAUAGGGUUACUGAUAAGUGUUGUGCUUUUUGGCAUUGAUGUAUUUUUCAGAAAAAAGAAUUGAAGCUUUUGUUUUGAAAAAGGAAAAACACAUUUAAAGAAUUACAUGGACUUUGCAAACAGAUUUAAGGACAUGAAAGUAAAAAUUUGAACGCCAUCCAGGCUACAGUGGUUGCAGUGGAUAAGAAGUAUAAAAGCUUUGGUUCAAGAUUACAGGAGGCUGCAAGAAAAAUUAAAGACAUGGAAAUGAGGAUGGAAUGACAGGCUGCUAUUUUGCCUCAGAAUACUGAAGAUUGUAAAGCAUUGAGAAAUCGAAUUCAUGACCCUGGAAAUCAAGCUCAGAUUAAGAAAUGUCAGGCAUUCGACCUCCGAUCAUGAAUGGGCCCAUGCACCCGCGCCCUUUGGUAGCGCUGCUGGAUGGCAGGGAUUGUACAGUAGAAAUGCCUAUUCUGAAGGAUGUAGCCACAGUGGCAUUUUGUGAUGCUCAGUCUACACAAGAAAUUCAUGAAAAGGUACUAAAUGAAGCAGUGGGUGCACUGAUGUAUCACACUAUAACUUUAACUCGAGAAGACCUGGAGAAAUUUAAAGCACUUCGAAUAAUUGUCCGAAUUGGCAGCGGUUUUGAUAAUAUCGACAUCAAAUCUGCUGGAGAUUUAGGGAUCGCCGUGUGUAACGUGCCAGCCGCCUCCGUAGAAGAAACAGCAGAUUCCACCAUGUGCCACAUCCUGAACCUGUACAGGAGAACCACCUGGCUGCACCAGGCCCUGCGGGAAGGCACGAGGGUACAGAGCGUGGAGCAGAUCCGGGAGGUGGCGUCUGGAGCUGCCCGGAUCAGAGGGGAGACCUUGGGCAUUAUUGGAUUAGGGCGUGUUGGGCAAGCAGUAGCACUACGUGCCAAAGCCUUUGGCUUCAGUGUGAUUUUCUAUGACCCAUACCUCUCGGAUGGCAUGGAGCGUGCUCUGGGACUGCAGAGGGUGAGCACUUUGCAGGACCUGCUGUUCCACAGUGACUGUGUUACCCUGCACUGCAACCUGAAUGAACACAAUCAUCAUCUUAUUAAUGACUUCACCAUAAAGCAGAUGAGACAAGGGGCUUUCCUGGUCAACACAGCUCGAGGUGGGUUAGUAGACGAAAAAGCACUUGCACAGGCCCUGAAGGAAGGAAGGAUACGAGGGGCAGCCUUAGAUGUACAUGAGUCAGAACCAUUCAGCUUUAGUCAGGGCCCCUUGAAGGAUGCACCAAACCUGAUCUGUACCCCACAUGCAGCCUGGUAUAGUGAACAAGCCUCGAUUGAGAUGCGGGAGGAAGCAGCGCGAGAGAUCCGAAGGGCGAUCACAGGUCGUAUUCCAGACAGUCUGAAAAACUGUGUUAACAAAGAUCACUUGACUGCAGCUACACAUUGGGCCAGCAUGGACCCUGGAGUUGUUCAUCCAGAGCUUAAUGGUGCUGCAUACAGCAGGUAUCCCCCAGGCGUUGUAAGCGUGGCUUCCACUGGCAUACCUGCAGCAGUAGAAGGAAUAGUCCCCAACCCCAUGUCUCUAUCACACGGCCUCCCUGCUGUAGCCCACCCGCCCCAUGCUCCUUCCCCCGGCCAAACUGUCAAACCAGAAGCUGAUAGAGACCACCCGAGCGACCAAUUGUAGCCAACAACAGCAUUCCCAACAUCGGAGACUCCAACCGCAGCGCGUGGAAAACAACACAACACAAAGCAAAACCCUGGAUUUUGAUUAAAGGCAAAACCAUGAACUUACAGGAGGAGACGAUUAUUGGUUUAGAAACUGGUCCAAGAUACAGUAUAAAAGGAAAAGGUGGGAGACAAAAAGAAGAUUUGGAAACAUUUUUUCCUCCGUAUAAAUUGUAGUUUGUCCCUGUCCAGUGGACUGAUUCACUGUUUCUGUGUCCUAUGGGUUCUUUGUUAAGCAAGAGAAGUUAGUAGUUAAUUAUAUCAUGAAUGUACUUGUCUGUGUACAGUUUCUAGAACAUUAAAAAGGGUUUGUUUGCUUAGCUGUGAACAAGGAAAAACAUAAGGGAGGCAUUCAACAAACCAGUUUUGAGAUUAAAAAUCCUUUCUUUUAUAUUUUCAAACAUGCCCAAAAAUGAGGCAGUUGGCAAACUUCUCAGGACAAUGAAUUUUUCCCAUUUUUCUUUCUACGCCACACAGUGCAUUGUUUUUUCUACCUGCUUGUCUUAUUUUUUAGAAUAAUUUAGUAAACAAAAGAAAAACAGUUUCUCCUAAUUUUGGCAUGAAUUCCCUUAUUUCAAAAUGAAGACAACCUUGCAAAGAGAUUUUGAGGAAAAAAUUAAGGUUUUGUAUAAACGAGCAUUGUGCUUUUUGUCACCAGUUAAAGUAUAUAUUAUUGGUGGUAUCUGGAAAAGGCACUAGACUACUGAAAAGUAGCAGCAUUUCAUUGCCUACAUUGAUUCCUUCCUGGUAAUGUGGUAGGCUAGCAAUAUUUUUGGUUAAAAUCAUGUUUGUGACUGUAACCAUUUGUAUGAAUUAUUUUAAAGAAAUAAAAAUCCCAGACAAAUAUCAUAUGUGUAAAAAUUUUUAUUUCUAGUAACUGUUUAUUCAACUUUUAUUAGGUUUCUUAGCUGUAAUUUUUAAACAGAUGCUGUCAAGUAUUUCAUUUCUAGCUUUACUUUGCUCUCUGUUGUUUGUAAUACUGUCUUGGAAGCUUGAAAAAUAAAAAAAAAUUCUUUCCGUACCAUUUUUCCCUUUA